ACAAUACACAGCUUGUUUGUUUGUUUGUUUAUGCUUUAAUUGUUUUGACUUUAAAGUGAAGAAAAAAAAAAUCAAUUAAAAUUUUAUUUAUUCGUAAUUCUUUCAUGGUUUUUGUUAAGAUUAGUUUUAUAUGUUUUAUUAAUAGUUUAUUAAUAAAAAAUGUCGAAAGCCAAAGCAAAAGGCUAUGAGAGUAGCAGCAGCGAGCGUGAAUGUGAACAAAAUGAACAAAAAAAGAGAGGAAAACGUUUCAGUCAACUCGAAACGGAUUUACUUUUGUCUUUACUAAUGUCUGAUAAUGUUCCCAACAUGGAAUCAAGUAAAGUCACACUUAAAGGUCGCUCCAUGGGAUGGGAAACAAUAACAAAAAGUUUCAAUGCAUCGCCAAAUGUUGUACAAAGAACUGAAAAAGAACUUCGAGAUAGAUCCAGUAACAUUCGCAAGGAUCUUUAUCGAUUGGCGAGGUUCGAAAAAUCAAUGUUGGCAGCCACAGACGAUGAUGUACCUCGAAAGCCAUCGGUAUCGUUUGAAUUUUCAAAUGUUGUAAAAAGAUAUGCAUUUGCUUUGAAUGUUGACCUUGCCGGUCUAGCAAAUUACAAAGAAGAAGACUAUAUUCCAAUGCCAGUCUAUGACCCACUUGAAAACAAUCAGUCUUCGAACUCUUUUGAUAACGAGAUGAAGCCGAGAAUAGAGGCUGUAGUUUCAUUCGAUGAUGAAUUGACAUCGACAUUAAAAACUCCUUAUAGUUCGUCACUAAGGCCAGCUACUCAAAGCCAUAACACAAGAUAUACCAAUGGAAACCAACAAUUAAACAGACACAAUAUUGUAUACAGUCCCAGUAAAGACUUGCUUCGAAAAAAGGCUAGACUAUUGGCCGACGAGAAUAAACGUCGCAAUGAAGAUAACGAACGACGUAACGAAUGGCACAUACGAUGCAUGGAUAUAAAAAAUGAAGAAUUGGCUAUAAAAAAGAAACAAUCAGAAUUUUGGUCCAUCAUGAUAGACAAAUUAAAACAAACACCGACUAGUAUCACGGAUAUUGCAAAUGUUGUUCGAACUAUAGACGCCAGUAAUCCUAUUAGCUUUGACAUCAAUCAUUCAUCAGAAUCUUUAUUUACGAACGAACAAUGCGGGUUGAUAGAUAAUCUCAUCACAAAUGGAGAAACAGACUUUGAUAAUACUAAAGAGAAAGAGUUUUCAUUUAUAAAAGAAGAACAUUGUCGAGAUUUCAAAUAAUUACACAAAUCUUGUCAUGCAUUUUAAUACUGAA